GGCAGAAAUGUGCCCCCUCCUCUGUCCAUGACUUCCCUCUUCCAGCAGAGGAGUGAAAACGGGAGGCAGGAGGGGUGUGAAUUUUGCCCAUUGCUUUGGCUUUCGUUGCACUCGGUGGGCUGGGAGGGCUUUUCCAACCCGAAUGAUUCCGGGAGCUCUACUGAGUAUUUCUCUGUAGUUCCCUGCGGGUUUUUCUCCGAGGUUGUCCCCACCUCCCUCUCAGCUCGGAGCGCCCUGUUGUGUCUCCUACAAACCCCCUCGUGCUCGGGUGACGAGCGUGACCCGAAUUGCACAGACGGGUGUGAGGGAUGAGCGGCCCUGACACGGCAGCAGAUCCCUCACCGGAGCCAGACCCCACGGAGUGACUCCCAUUGACACAGCCCCGUCCUUCCCGGGGGGAGGAGAGCUGUCCUCCCCUCCCACAGCCCGCGCUGGGAGUGACUCAGGCGUUCCCUGCUCCCUCUGGAACCAUCCUCACUCUGUCCCGAGUGCACAGAGGUGGGGGGCACUUUGGGAUGCCUGUGGGGCACUUCUUGCCCUCAGAGGUGCUUAGAUAUGUGAAGCUGCUGGAGAAGAAUUCCUUGGAUCCUUGAGGAAUUUUUUUUUCUUUUUGUUUUUUGUUUUUUGUUCCCUCCCCCCCCAACAACAAACAAUUCCUGGACACUGUGGAGAGCUGGUGGCCUUGUCAAGGUCGUGUUGAUCAUGGACAGUGAAGAAAUCCCAACUUUCUCGAGUCCAAAGGAGGAAACUGCGUAUUGGAAAGAGCUUUCCUUGAAGUACAAGCAAAGCUUCCAGGAGGCUCGUGAAGAGCUGGCUGAAUUCCAGGAGGGGAGCAGAGAAUUAGAAGCAGAGUUGGAGGCACAGCUAGUGCAAGCUGAGCAGAGGAACAGAGAUUUGCAAGCAGAUAACCAAAGACUGAAGUAUGAAGUGGAAACAUUAAAGGAGAAGCUGGAGCACCAGUAUGCCCAGAGUUACAAGCAGGUGUCCCUGCUGGAGGAUGACCUGAGCCAGACCAGGGCCAUCAAAGACCAGCUGCACAAAUAUGUGAGGGAGCUGGAGCAGGCCAACGAUGACCUGGAGCGUGCAAAGAGGGCAACAAUAGUUUCAUUGGAAGACUUUGAACAGAGGCUGAACCAAGCUAUUGAGAGAAAUGCAUUUUUAGAAAGUGAACUGGAUGACAAGGAGUCACUGCUGGUUUCUGUACAGAGAUUAAAGGAUGAAGCAAGAGACUUAAGGCAAGAGCUGGCAGUGAGGGAAAGGCAGCAAGAGGUGACCCGAAAAUCAGCUCCCAGCUCUCCCACUCUGGACUGUGAGAAGAUGGAUUCAGCUGUCCAGGCCUCUCUCUCCUUGCCAGCCACACCUGUUGGAAAAGGAUCAGAAAACAGUUUUCCUUCCCCAAAAGCUAUACCAAAUGGGUUUGGUACCAGCCCACUUACUCCUUCAGCCAGAAUAUCUGCACUCAACAUUGUGGGAGACCUGCUACGGAAAGUGGGGGCCUUAGAAUCCAAAUUAGCUGCUUGCAGGAACUUUGCCAAGGACCAGGCGUCACGGAAAUCCUACAUUUCAGGGAACGUCAACAGCGCCGUGAUGAGCAGCAACGGCACCAAGUACCCACACCCAGGGCACACCUCCUUCUUCGACAAAGGGGCGGUGAACGGCUUUGACCAAGGUCCCCCCGGGCUGGGAGCCUCCCGACCGUCCUCGGCGCCGGGAAUGCUCCCCCUGAGCGUAUGAGCCGCGGGGGGAGCGCUUGGACUUGUGUUCGCUUUUCUCGGCCCAGCAAGAGAAGAACCGCUCCCGCUCCCUCCCCUCCCCACCCCGCUGGAACAUGACCCCGAGAGGAGACCCCGAGCCCACGGCCCUCCCCGUCCUGUCAAUACAGUUUGUUUUCUCUGUCGCUGUAGUGGACGUUCUGUGCCCCACGAGCUGCCACUCCCAGGGCCGUGUUUGGGGACACGCACGGGUCCUGCUCCCCGGCCCUCGGCCCUUUCCUUCCUCUCUGCUCUGACUCGAGCUCUGGCCGCUCCUCGUCCAGGCUCCCGCUGUCCCUGCAGCUCUGCCCUCGGGGGAAGGCUCAGACCCCUGGGAAGGCCCUGGGGGAGGGUGGGCGAUGGCGCUGGGGGCGGUGGCAGCCGGGCAGUGUCUGAGGGGUGUGUCAGUCCCGGCUGCGCCGCUGGGUGUGUUGGAGCCGGCAGGGCUGGAGGAGCGGAUCCGGAGCGGAUCCGGAGCGGAUCUGGAGCGAAUCCGGCAGCCCGGCCUGGCCGGGCCCAUCCCCUGGCACAGGUGGGCACACACAGCAGGGCCGGGCUCCUCGGGGCAGGGAGGGGGCAGCACAGAGGGGGGACUGUCACCAGCUCCCCCAGAUGCCCUGGGGGGAGCUGGCAGGGCUGAGCUGUUCUGCUGUGCCCUCAGGUGUCCCCUGGACCUGCCCCACUGGCCCGGCCCUCCCCCCUCGCAGCUGCAGAGCAGCUCCAGGAGAACAUUUGAAGCCCCUGCUGCAGCUGCCCCCACUGCCCACGGACCCCCCACCCCCUGCUCUGCCCCGUGUAGGACCAGAGUGUCCAGUGUCCCCUGCAGGUUCUGUGACAGUGCUGGGCGACUGUGGCACCUUGUGGGUCCUUGGAGCGACACAUCUGCGGGAUUUCUCUGUCCACGUGCCUCGGGGUCUGUGGGUUUUCAGCCUGAACCAGCGAAGGGAGCCGGGGGUGGUAGCUGGGGGUGCCGAACUCCCCGUUCUGGGCUGGUCCAGCACGUUCAGGGGCUCUGCAGCUUCCAGGGGGUUUAGUUACGAGCUGAGAAAAACCACUGGCCCCGCAGGGGAGGUGGGAUGUGCCCCUUGGCCCUUAGGGUUUGUGUGGUCCUUCCUUCCUGUGCAUCCUCUGCUGCAUUUGACUGUUUACAUUUGUUUUAUUGUACAUAGAUUUGUAAACAUAAUACCUUUGCCUGAGGUCUUUGUACAUAACUUGGGCUUUGUAGCUUUAUUUAUUCAGCCUCUCUCUGGCAUGUUUCCGUAGGAUGUACUGUUCCACCCCGGUGCCACAGCCAUGAUGUGGUUUCAAAAAAAAAAUGAAAACAAAUGAGAGCAAUCUUCCAAAAAUAAAGUUCUUUUAAUGUGGAAUCAGUGGAUUUUGCAGAA